CAGCAACAACCUCAAUAUGCUCCACAUCCGCAAUACUUCAAUACCAUGGCACCUCCUUCAAUAAGACCACCUGGUGCUAGAUCUAUGCAAUCUUUGAAUUCAGUGGCUUCUUCAAAUUACUCGCAAGGUGGGCCAAAUCCACAUUAUCAAUCUCAACAACAUAUUCCUCAAAUGUUGCCGCAAGGUGAAUGGGCAAGUGGUCGCAUGUCACCUCCAAAAUCUCCUUCUUUGAGAUUAAAUUCCAUAUCGUCUAACUCAAUGCAAUUUCAUGCUCCACAACAAGAAUAUAAAAAUAUAUCGCCUGUGUUGAGUCAAAGUGAAUGGGAUAGACCUUUUCAGGAUGAAAGAAUUAAAGAGUUGGAACUCGAGAAUGAAAAAUUACUAGAUGAGAAUGAAGAAUUGAAGCAAAAUGUUGAGUUUAAAACAAGAGAUAUAACUAGCGAUAAUGAUCGUUUGAAAACACAGUUGAGUACUGUUCAAAUGGAGCUGAACAAAUUGAAACUUGAACACAAUAGUUUGAAAGAAACUCACAAAUCAGAAGUGAAGAAGUUGAAAGAGAGAAAUUCAGAACUUCAAAAUGACUUAGAGAGUAUGUCGUACAUGAAUGAAAGAUCAAAUGAAACCACUCCAAAUGGUUCUCCAAAGACUUUGGGGAAAGAAUAUGAAUCAUUAAACCCUGCUAAUACAACAACACUUCCUGAAUCAAGUAAACAUCUCCAGCAAGCUCAAUCAAAUUUGGAAAAUAAUGAACUUGUUCAAGAUUUAUUAGAAACCAUUAAAUAUCUGAAAACUGAUAAUCACAUACUACGGAACCAAAAUGAUGAUCUAGUCACUAGAAUGAUAAAGGAUAAAAAAUAUAUGCAAAAACUUGUCAAUUCAUCAAGAUAUCAAACCAAAAUAAGGAAAGGUUUCAAUGUGUUGGAAGCAGUUGACACGUUCAUAUGAUAGAUACCCCCAAAAUUAUACCCAGUUACGACAAUACUCAAGAUAGACAAAACGGAC